GGGACCUGCAAUGCCUUCCUUGUCCAACGGCUCUGCUGGCGGAGCAAUUGUCAUGACACGCCGCCACCCCACAAACACAGGCACACAGAACAGCAAUAACCAGCAAUAACGACAACCAACAGAUCUCAGAUACUCGACUUCAUUUCUGUCGAGAUGCGCUCAUGCACCCGGACACUGACGAGAACCUGAGCUGGAUUGUCGGCUCAGUAUGAACAACAUCUCCCACUCGCAGUUGGCGCCUCUUCCCAGCCAGGUCCCUUUUCGCAUUGUGUCUGCCACAAUUGGAUCAGGUGCAUACGCAUGUAUCAAGAAAGCCGCCCCCCUAACCGAAGAAACUCCAAUAUUUGCCGUCAAAUUCAUAAACAAACACUAUGCUCACAAGUAUGGCCGCCUCAAACAAAAACAGCUCGAGAUGGAAAUUGCCCUUCACAAGCACAUUGGCCUCCACAAGAACGUCAUUGAAUUCUACGACCACGGCGACGACGAUGCUUGGAAAUGGAUUGCUAUGGAGCUAGCAGAGGGCGGUGAUCUCUUCGACAAGAUCGAGGCCGAUGCUGGCAUUGCCGAGGAUAUUGCCCAUGUCUACUUUACCCAACUUGUGAGUGCCGUCAGUUUUAUGCACUCGCGAGGAGUCGCCCAUCGAGAUAUCAAGCCCGAAAAUGUGCUCGUGUCCGCCGACGGAGACCUGAAAUUGGCUGACUUCGGAAUGGCUACCUUGUUUGAGUACCAUGGACGCAAGAAGCUGGCAACCUCGUUGUGUGGCAGUCCUCCCUACGUUGCGCCAGAAGUUCUGUCGUGUAGCACACAUGCUGGAAACAAAGGGCGCGGUUAUGCUGCCGACAUGGCAGAUGUCUGGUCGUGCGGAGUGGUCCUGUUUGUCCUCCUUGCAGGCAAUACACCUUGGAGUCGGCCAGUCGAAGAGAUGGACGAAUACGGUCGGCCUAAUGAAUACAGCGAGUAUGUUCAAACCAAUGGCAAACCCAACGACGAAUUAUGGGAUAGCCUACCAGCUCAAGUCCCUUCCUUACUGCGCGGCAUGAUGAGGGUUUCUGCGGAGAGUAGGUACACAAUGGAAGAUGUGCGGCGACAUCCGUGGUUCACAAGACCCAACCGGUACAUGGACCAGAAAGGGCGUCUUAUUGACCCCAUUACUAUGGCCACCAACAUGUUUGAGUCUUUGCGUGUCAACUUUGAAGCCGAUCCCUUGGCUCACUCACAAAAGGCCUCGGUCAUCGACCACCAAAUGGACCUGGAUGCUGCUGCAGGUGACAAGUUUUCCUCGACACAGCCGAAUGUUCCUGCCGAAGACAUGCUCUUCGACUGGGACCUUCCCCGCAAUCACAUGAUAUCCAGUACGCAAGUGGGCGCAGACAUGUUGCAAGAUGAGCCGGCAAUGUCACAAUACUCACAGCGUCCAAAGGUUUCGAUGACGCUGACGCAGAGGGCCCGACAGUUUCGCGAUAUUCUCCCAGCGCAAAGCUUGACAAAGUUCUACUCGAGCUGGACCAUGAGUCUCCUGGUGCCGCAUCUCCUCGAAGCGCUGAGUCGCCUCGGGGUGCCGACGGCGCGCAUCCCGCGCCCUGAGCGACAGGAGCUGGAAUAUAGCAUUCGAAUCCGGAGUCAAGACACGCGGGGCUGUCCCCUCAGCGGCAACAUUGUGGUGGAGGUCAUCAGCGACGGACUUGUCCAAGUCUGUUUUGUCAAAGGAUCUGGAGACCCGCUGGAAUGGCGCCGCUUCUUCAAGAAUGUCACCGUUUUCUGUCAAGACGCCGUCCUCAGGCUGAACGAUUGAGGCGUCUGUGGUGAUCCCAAGGAUAGGUCUAGUUCUGCAUACGACGGCGUUGGAAAGAUAAGAAUAAAUUACAUUGUCGAGCGACAAUAGAGGGAUGCAAUGGUUAUAAUCACGAUGAGUAAGAUGGCACGCUCCAGUUGUCU